AAUACUGCACAUAUUUCUGGUCAGGUGUUAAAAGUGUAUCCCCGCAUUAUAUUAGCAUUAGAAGUAACGUUAAGUAACUUACAUGUAAAUAUUAUGUAAAUACGCCAAUUUUAAAUAGUUUGUUGUUGGAAAAAUUCAAUAAAAAAGCCUAGCGAUUAAAAAAAAAACUUGCAAGAUUAAAACUGCACAUUGUCACGUCUGGUGCUGUUAGCUCCUCUGUCCCUUCCACACCAAGCUCUAACGGAGGUUCUCAGGUUAACAACUACACUACCCAGAAUGCACCACCCGCUGACAUCACGCACUCACCUGAUCACGUGACACCUCACCUGCUUCCUCCUGGAAGUCCCGAAUACUGAUUACUGGCACUAUAAAGGUGCACGCCAAACAGACUACCACGCCGCGUAGUGUAGGUUAUCCUCGUACAAAGCGUUACUUAUCUCUUGUCUCAGUUUACUUUGUGUAUGACCUUGCUUUUUUGUUUCUCGACGCCGAUUCUUGCCUCUGCCUUUGAUAUUGGAUUGUUUGUGUAUGACCUGGACUGUGCUUUCACCACCGCCUCUUGGAUUAUCUCUGAUACUGGAUUGUUUGUGUAUGAACUCUGGACUGUCUCUCGUUUAUGGCAGUGUGAGGUUGGUAGAUGGUGACAGUCGCUGUGCUGGGAGAGUGGAGGUUCUUCAUAGAGGGCAGUGGGGAACAGUGUGUGGUGAUGACUGGGAUAUGAGUGAUGCUGCAGUGGUGUGUAGAGAGCUGGGCUGUGGAGAAGCUGUAGAUGCACUGGGCAAAUCUCAUUUUGGAUCAGGAUCAGGACCAAUCUGGAUGGAUGAUGUGGACUGUAGUGGAUCAGAGUCUAGACGGAAGAACUGUAGAUCACCAGUAUGGGGUAAACAUGACUGCAAUGAAACCCACAAUUCUGGAGUCAUCUGUUCAGGAGCCAGGCUGGUUUUAGGUUCUCGCUGCUCUGGGAGAGUGGAGGUUCUUCAUGGAGAGAGCUGGGUCACAGUGUGUGAUGCUGACUUUAACCAGCAGGAUGCAGAGGCUGUGUGUCGAGAGCUGGGCUGUGGUUCUCCUGUGAAGGUUCUGGGAGCAGCUGAGUUUGGUAGAGGGGAGGGUCAGGUGUGGUCAGAGGUGCUUCAGUGUAGAGGAAACAAAUCUCAGACUCCCUUCUGUCCAAAAUCAUCUUCACUCAAACACAACUGCUCCCAUGAUAAUGAUGUGGGACUGGUGUGUGCAGGCAGUGUGAGGUUGGUAGAUGGUGACAGUCGCUGUGCUGGGAGAGUGGAGGUUCUUUAUAGAGGACAGUGGGGAUCAGUGUGUGGUAAUAACUGGGAUAUGAGAGAUGCUGCAGUGGUGUGUAGAGAGCUGGGCUGUGGAGAAGCUGUAGAUACAUAUCAUGAGUCUUACUUUGGAUCAGCAUCAGGACCAAUCUGGAUGGAUAAUGUGCACUGCAGUGGCUCUGAGUCUACACUGAGGAACUGUGAAUCAGCAGGAUGGGGUAAACAUAACUGUGAUCAUUCUAAAGAUGCUGGAGUCAUCUGUUCAGGAGUCCGGGUGGUUGGUGGUUCUCACUGCUCUGGGAGAGUGGAGGUUCUUCAUGGAGAGAGCUGGGUCACAGUGUGUGAUGCUGACUUUGACCAGCAGGAUGCAGAGGUUGUGUGUCGAGAGCUGGGCUGUGGUUCUCUUGUGGAGGUUCUGGGAGCAGCUGCUUUUGGUAGAGGGGAGGGUCCGGUGUGGUCAGAGAAGCUUCAGUGUAGAAGAAACGAAUCUCAGAUUCACUUCUGUCCAAAAUCAUCUUCACUCAAACACAACUGCUCCCAUGAUAAUGAUGUGGGACUGGUGUGUGCAGACAGUGUGAGGUUGGCGGAUGGUGGCAGUCGCUGUGCUGGAAGAGCAGAGGUUUUUCACAGAGGACAGUGGGGAACAAUUUGUGGUGCUGGUGCAAAUUUCAUAGCGGGUUUUGUCAUGUGUAAAGAGUUGGGCUGUGGAGAGCCGUUUAGGACUGAUGCAGCUGUUCCAGGAUCUGCACCGAUCUGGAUGAGUCAUGUGAAGUGUACUGGAUCAGAGUCUACACUGAAACACUGUGGAUCAUUAGGGUGGGGUGAACACAGCUGUAAUCCUAAUAUGGAUAUUGAGCUUACCUGUUCAGAUCACAGGACAUCCAGACUUGCUGAUGGUCCUCAUGUUUGCUCUGGGAGAGUGGAGGUUUUUCAUGGAGCGUCUUGGUUCACAGUGUGUGAUGCUGACUUUGACCAGCAGGAUGCAGAGGUUGUGUGUCGAGAGCUGGGCUGUGGUUCUCCUGUGGAGGUUCUGGGAGCAGCUGCUUUUGGUAAAGGGAAGGGUCAGGUGUGGUCAGAGGAGCUUCAGUGUAGAGGAGAUGAAUCUGAGAUUACUCUCUGUCCAAUAACCUCUUCACACAAAUACAACUGCUCUCAUGGUAAUGAUGUGGGACUUGUAUGUUCUGGUCACACUCAGGCUCGGCUGAUGAACGGCUCAGACUCCUGUUCUGGUCGAGUGGAGCUCCAGUACCUCAGUGAGUGGGGUACAGUGUGUGAUGUAAGCUGGGAUAUGAGAGCUGCCAGUGUCCUCUGUGCUCAGCUGAAGUGUGGGAGUGCUGUGGCUGUGUUGGGGUCAGACUGGUUUGGGGAGGGGAGUGGCCGGAUCUGGGCGGAUGUGUUUGAUUGUCAGGGAAACGAAACACACCUGUUAAAAUGUCCCAUUUCAUCAUGGAGUCGAACUGCAUGCUCUCAUAAACAGGAUGUUGGACUUAUCUGCAGUGGUUCUUCUCUGGCGUCUCAUGAGGGAGGAGUGCGGUUGUCUGGAGGGAUGGAGUGUGAGGGGGAGGUAGAGGUUUUCUUCAGGCAGGACUGGAGGAGAGUUCUGCUGGACUCCUGGAGUGAGUCUGAGGCCUCUGUGGUCUGCAGACAGCUGGGCUGUGGUUCUGUACUCAACACCUCCAGCUCCUCUUCAUCCAGUCCUGAACACAGCUACAUGUGUGUGACGGGUUUCAACUGCUCUGGGAGUGAAGCUCAUCUGAGGAACUGCAGCAGCUCACAAGCAGUUAACUGCAGCUCCACAGUACAGCUCUACAUCACCUGCUCUGGCUACAGCUUCAUCAGGCUGGUUGGUUCUUGGGGAGACUGUGCUGGAAGGCUGGAGGUUUUCCACAGUGGAUCAUGGGGGACAGUGAGUGAUGAAUUGUGGGAUAUUGAGGAUGCGCAGGUGGUCUGCAGACAGCUGCAGUGUGGAGUCGCCCUCAGUGCUCCAGUACCGGUACCAGCCCGGUUUGGAUCUGGAACUGGACCCAUAUGGCUGAAUGAGGUGGAGUGUGAGGGGAACGAGGCGUCUCUGUGGAACUGCAGAUAUCAGCUUUGUGGAGAGGAUGAAUGUGGACACAAGGAUGAUGUAGGAGUCGUCUGCUCAGAGUAUAAAGAGAUCAGACUGACUGAGGGCUGUGAGGGGAAUCUGGAGGUGUACUAUAAUGGAACCUGGGGGAAUGUGUGUGUAAAUGGGAUGACUGAUGAAACGGCAAAAUUGAUCUGUCGAGAGCUGAACUGUGGAAGAACUGGCAGUGAGUCUUGGUCUAAAGCAAGAGUGGAAUCAGCUCCUAACUGGCUGGAUAAUGUAAAAUGUAGGAAACAUGACUCCACUCUGUGGCACUGUCCAUCUUCUUCCUGGGGGGAGAACAGGUGUGAUAAUCGCAAUGAGGUUGCUUGCAUUACCUGCUCAGAGAAUGGAAAUACACUAGAUUUGACAAAUUGGCUGUGUGAUUCAUCUCCUCAUGAGAGACCGUGCUCAAAGCACAUUCCUCUGAGGCUGAGGGGAGGAGUAGGAAGCUGUUCUGGAUGGCUGCAGGUGUAUCAUAAUAAAACAUGGGGGUCUGUAUGUGGUGACCUCUGGGACAUCAGGGAUGCUCAGGUGGUCUGCAGGCAGCUGGGUUGUGGGCCGGCGCUGAGUGCUAAUAGAAGAGCUGCUGAUGGUUCUGGUGGAGGAACUAUCUGGAUGAACAGAGUGAAGUGUAGAGGGAAUGAGAUUCACCUGUGGGACUGUCCUCAUUCCCUGAAGAACCACACUGACGGCUCCCACAGUGCUGGAGUCACUUGUGGAGGCUUCCUGUAUCAUACUUUGCCUUUAAAUAAUAAAAGAGGACAGAUGGGACAUUUUUUGCAAGAUUCUCAACCACAGACAAGAAGAAUCAUACUUCCACAAACUCCUCCACCAGCUGUUCCCUCCAUCUAUCCAGUGUCUCUCCUGGUUCUGGGAUCUGUGCUCUUCCUGGCCUUAGUGCUUCUGGUUGUGCUGUUUUAUCAGAACAGAGUGCUCAGGAGAGUGAUCUCUAAGAGGAGGAAGACUUCAGCUGAGCCUGUCUAUGAGGAGAUUGACACCAGGCUCAUCCCUAAAAGAAUUACUGUCUCAACUGAAAGUAAAGCAGAUAAUGAGGAAAUGCAGUUAAGUUAUGAUGUCAUUUUUGCUGGACAAACACCUGACAGUGCAGCAGAGGAAGAACCAGAUAAUUACGAUGAUGUUAUUGUGGAACAAAACUCAAACAUUGUGAUGGAAAACAUGCUGGAGAUCUACGAUGAUGUCAUGGAGGUCACUGCUGGACACAUUGCGGCAGUGAAAGUGCCACCUACAUCUCUUCACUGGACAGGCUAUAUAUUUUUAGAGUCCAGCUGGUCUGAUCUACAGACAUGAAUAUCACGACAGUCCUUGUGAAAAGGAAGAAUACUUAAAUUAGGGUGGUGAGCUUCCUGAGGGGCUUGAGGAUAGUUAUCCUGGUGCGUGUCUUUCGUCUGGCCUCUCAGAAGAAAGAUCUGGAGAAGGUCACUAGAAGAAAGGUAUCUGAGAACAAAAGGCGGUAACAAAAAGGAUGGAUUUGAAUUGGAUCUCACCUAUGUCACAGGCACUCUACAGAAAUCCCAUAAAAGAAGCUGCCAUAUUUCUGGACACAAAGCAUCCCGAUCAUUACAGAGUUUACAAUCUCUGCAGUCAAAAAGGCUACGAUCCACUGUUCUUCCAUUACAGAGUGCAACGAGUGAUGAUUGACGACCAUAACGUACCGUCAUUAGACCAACCCACUCGUUAGGACUCCCCCUAUCACUAGUAAUGCCCCAACACACCAGGAGGAUGAAGACUAGCACACUCUUUCUCCGAUACAUGUGAAGUCAGCCACCGCUUCUUUUCGAGCUGCUGCUGAUGCAGCAUUGCCAAGCAGCCAGCACAUUUGGAGGAAAGCGCAGCGGCAGGUGAACCCGAGGAACCUGAGGAAAGUGGUGGGAAAUCUCGAGCCAGGUCAGACCUUGGGUUGGGUUUGGGCAGAGAACCUAAGCUCUUAUUCACAUAUUGAACUUUGUGUUAUUGUGUUCUCAGUGACAUGUUGAACUACACUGCCAGUUUGAGGGAAGGUCAUUGCCAUCCACUGCAAAGGAGGCAAAGGUGUGGGAAAGGGCAAUGGCAGUGAUCUGAAGGUGCGGAUCAUAGUGAAAAGAGAGCAGGUGUUCCAGUGUGUCUGUGCCACGCAGACGAACUGUAGGCUGUUCCCAGAUACUGAAAACAAUGCCGUGGUGAUCAGCUUUCAGGAAGGGCCAGUGGUUUGUGGUGAUGUUAAGGUCAUGUUUGAAUCCAGGGCUGGUCUUCCAAAGGGGUAUGAGGACUAUCCUUUCUAUUUCUGGUUCAACACUUCAUUUGUAGAGAACAACAGGCUCUAUCUGUCAAGGGAGGAACUGGACAACCCACGUAAGUCCAAAACCUGGGACAUCUACAAGGAGGACUUUGGUGUGACCGUGUCUUUCAGUGACCCUGCACUUAUGUAGCAGACGACACUUGCUUGUGUAUCUCAACUAAAACCCUUAAGCCCUGCACAAGGUCUAAAUCUUUGCUCUAAUGUAGGUUUUCACACACUUAUAAAAGGUGAGUGAUGUUUAGGGAUUGGAUUCGGGCAUAUUGUGCCCCUAAAGCUAUAGCUAUAGCUAUAUAACCUCAACUUUAUGUCCAUCCCCCAUCUUCACUGUAAGAGCUUUUUACUGAGCCGUGCAUACAUCACAAUAUUAUGCAUUUGUUUGUCAAAUGUUUUUUUGUCUUUAAAUGAAGACAAAUGUUUGUGUCAGUUUAGCAUAUUAUGCUUCCAAAAUGUAAAUCUUACUCUUUAAGCUUGAGUGUACAUCAAAUAAAGCAAUCGAGGCUGCCACUGUGAAAUGGUCAAUGGUUAUGUGUGCAGAAACAUUUUUUGUAGUACACAUGUAUUGAAAUAAAUACUAAUGUCUCUGUAA